CUCUCUGCUGGAAAUCAUUCCACUACGUCAGGUCGUCCGGUCCGCUCGGUAAAGAUGUCUGCGACGGGUUCAGGCGGACCAGGACCCGGACCAGGACCCGCCACGGGUUCAGGGUCCGGGGCCUCAAACCCCCGAAAGUUUAGCGAGAAGAUCGCCCUCCACACCCAGCGACAAGCCGAGGAGACGGCCGCCUUCCAGGAGGUCAUGAUGGACAUCACCUCGACCAGGCUGCAGGCCCAGAAGAUCCGCCUCGCCCGGAACCAGGGGCCGUACUACGGAGGUUCCUUACCCAACGUCAACCAGAUCGGCAGGAACCCGCACGACUUCCAGGGCUCCUUCCAGUCCGGCUUGGAGUCCAGCCGCUCGACCCGACAUCACGGCCUGGUGGAGAGGGUCCAGAGGGACCGCCGCUUCGUCUCGCCCGUCCGACCGUACCGAAACCGCCAAGUGGACAAUUCUCUGUACAACUCGGCCUACCUGUCCCCGCCUCCCGAUGCCAGCUGGAGAAGGAACUGGUCUGGAAACUUCCCCGGAGAUAAAAGCCAGUUGUUCCGUCUUCCCACCACAGCACUCAACAGGACCAACUCCGACUCAGCCCUCCACACCAGCGUGAUGAACCCCCCCAUGGGAGACCCCUUCGCCAUGGGAGGACCCGCCUUUAACCCUCAGAGCGGCAGACGCAGCGGUCAGAGCGACGCAGAGAACCGAAGAAUGUUCCCCUAUCCGGUUCCUCCGAUCGAAGAGAACGUCCUGGAUGAGGACAAACUGCUCAAACCCUGGGACCUCAAGAAGCUUUCGUCUUCGGCAUCUCGACCCAAGUCCUGCGAGGUUCCAGGCAUCAAUAUCUUUUCGUCCCCGGAGCAGCCGUCCACGCCGGUCCAAGGCGUCCCUCAGAUUCCCAGCACCGGCGGCUCGCUGCCCGACCUGUCCAGCCUCCACUUCCCCUCACCGCUUCCCACGCCGCUGGACCAGGAUGAGCCCAGUUACCCAGGACCCUCCCCUCUGAGCGGGGGCAGCAGCACAGGGAACCUGGCCUCCACCCUCACCCAGCUGGGCAUCACUGCCGCCAACGCAGCAGGAGGAAACGGCAGCUAUCACCACCCAUCGCCAGGGCUCCUGGCGUCGUUACAGAGCACGCUCAGUAACCCCAACCUGCAGUCGUCGCUGAGCAACCCCAACAUCCAGUCGUCCCUCAGCAGCCACUCCUUCUCCAACUCUCUAAGCUCCUCCUCCCUUCACUCGUCCCUCAGCAACCCAUCGCUGCAGUCGUCGCUCAGUUCCUCCCCCUCCCUGCCCCCGUCCCUAAGCAACCAAUCGCUGCAGUCGUCCCUCAGUAACUCCUCCCUCCAGUCGGGAAGUAACUCGAGCUACGGCGGCGGAGUGGGUGUGGCUGGAUCAGGCCCCUCCCCCUACACAGGGAUGCUCGCCGGUCAGGGCCAACCGUCCCUCAGCACGUCGCCACGGAGACGAGCCCAGCUGUCCCCGCUCAUCCUGCCGAUGGUGGGGGAGUCACGGAGGCAUCACUCCAAACAGUUCUCCCCCACCAUCUCCCCCACCCUGUCCUCCAUCUCACAGGGCGUCCCUCUGGACACCAGCAAGCUGCCUUUGGACCAGCGCCUCCCUCCGUACCCGCUCAGCCAGUCCCACCAGCACCAGCCCGGUUCCCAGUCUGGACAGCAGGCCCAUUCUCUGGGUCAGCACCGCCUCCAGCAGCCAAGAUCAAACGCCCAGCAGCAGCAGCAGCUCCACCUGCAGAACCUGCGGAACCAGCACCUUCAGCAGCACUUUGGAUCGCCUCAGAGGCCCAUGGGAACGCAGCAGAACACGGGGGUGAAGUCGGAGGGCGCUGUGGAACCGUGCAUCCAGACGUCUUCUCUGUGCCGGGUCAAAGCGGACCUGGAGCAGCGGGUUGGUGGUUCUCCUCAGCAGCAGCAGCAGCAGCAGAUCAACCUGAACACAGACUUCUACAACGAUGCCUUGUUCAGCUCCCUGCUGGAUGACCCGUACCUGAGCCUGCAGCUCUCAGGAAAACCCGGUCAGCAGUUCACAGCUGAGAACCCAGCAGACGGUCUUUCCCUGAACCACAGCGGACUGAGCCAGAACCACUGUGGACUGGGCCAGAACCAGUACCCCUCCAACAGCCAGGGGCCCCUGGAUCUGCAGGAACCCGGGGACCAGCAGCAGCAGCAGCUCAACAACCAGAACCAGAACUACAGCGGCGACGGCCGGCAACACGUUCCCAACAUCAUCCUCACAGGGGACUCUCCCACAGGCCUGUCCAAGGAGAUCGCCAGCGCUCUGUCCCACGUGCCGGGCUUCGAGAUGGACCCGUUCUCUCUGGACGAGCAGCUCCGGAUGGACCCGCUGUCUCUGGACAUGCUGGAGGGGGACCUGAUGCUGGCUGACCCGGCCGUGGAGGACUCGUUCCGGUCCGACCGGCUCAAGUGAACGGUGCCGCCCCUUCCCCCUCCUACCCCACCCACCCAGAGCUGAGGUCAAAGGUCGGAGGUCAAAUGGAUUCUGAUUCCUGUCAGCGCCUCAGCGUGGUGCCGGAGCGCCUCCGACCCCAACCAGCAGCGCUUCGAGGAGCUUUCUUAUGCAUGCAGUCGGCUCUGGGCGCCGACCCGACCCGGCCCGGCCCAUCAGCCACUUUAACAGGAACUCAGCCAUGGAGUCCAACGGGGUUCUGACUGCGACGCCUCAGCAGAUCACCGGGUUCCUGCAGUUCUAAGUGCCAUUUCAGAACCCGCCUAGAGCAGGUUCUGCCUGACAAACUGGUUCUGUUUCCCCCUCCAGAACAGGCCCGGCAGCAGCCCAGGAAGUCCGCAGGCCGGUUCUCCUCUCUUACUGCUCUGCUGAAAACUAGGUCACCCGCUGAUCCAGACGGAUCAGAACCUUCGAUUCAAACAGCUUUCUGCCCCGCCUGACGUUAUUAGAACCCGGCAGCCCGACCAGAACACGCAGCUUCGGUCUUUACUGAGAACAGGAAGUUAAACAGGAGCUUUUAUUUUGAAAAGGUUAGAAAAACUGAUCUACAGUCCUGUGGUUCUGAACCAGGUGAGGCUCGGCCCACUAACAGUUGAUCCUCCAGAACUCUCUGGUUGGUUUUACACCCUUUUUUGUUCUGAGAGGAGAAUGGGGCGGUCCGGUUCUGCUUCAGGGUCCAGUUCCCUCACCUCAGAACUGAACGGCUGAAAGGAUGGAAACUGACUGCCAUCCAAAAGUCUGAGGCGUAGCGUUACCGGACCGCCCUGAACUCGGUUCUACUGAACCUUUCAGAAAGCCUGCAGAACCGGCGAUCCAAACCGCAGUCUGGAUCGGGUUCACCCGGGACCGUCUGGGUCAGAAACAUAUCGAUGCCGAUACUUAUCGCCUUACUUUAGGAGAAACCGGGUCACAGAAAUCUAGUUUGGAUCAACUAGAAUCUAGAUCUUGUUCAAUCAGACUAGAACCUCACCGGUUCUGUGAGGUCCGCUUUAGAUCCAAGCCCACAUUCCCCCGGACCGCGUCCAGAACCCUGGUGCUGGUCGGCUGCAGCGACGAGCCGUUAGCUGCGGUGGUACCGUGUCCCGGAACCAGGAAGAUUCUGGUCCGUUUCAUCGGAACCCGACACGAAUCCUCCUGGUUCCGACAGAACCAGCGGUCCAUCGGACUUUUGCACUUUGAAAGAAAAAAAAAA